UCUGACAAACAACAAGGGAGAGAGCUGUGUCACUCCGAAAGAGAACAAGACCUGUGUGCUGAAACACUUCUCUCUCCUGUCGCAGACGAAGCCUCUUCACCAUGGGGAGGAUUGGCAAGGAAGUGGCAGCAUUGGUUUUAAGUAUCAUAGGCCUUAUUGGAGUGGCGGUGACUGCUGGGAUCCCCAUGUGGAGAGUAACUUCCUACAUUGGAGCCAACAUUGUGACAGGCCAGAUAGUGUGGGAUGGUCUAUGGAUGAACUGUGUGAUGCAGAGCACUGGGCAGAUGCAGUGCAAGCUGGAGUCGUCUAUUAUGACACUGACUGCUGAUCUGCAAGCCGCCCGAGCCCUGGUCAUCAUCUCCCUCGUGUUCUGCUUCGUCGGUGUCGCGAUCACCUUUUAUGGAGCCAAGUGCACCGGCUGCAUCAAAAAGGAUUCAUCAAAAGCCAAGGUGGUGAUCCUGGGUGGCAUUCUCAUCAUUAUUUCUGCUAUCCUGGUCCUGAUCCCCGUCUGCUGGUCUGCAGCUGUCACCAUCGCAGACUUUCAGAACCCAUUGGUCAUUACAACACAGAAGAGGGAACUCGGAUCCGCCAUCUACGUCGGCUGGGGCUCUGCUGCAGUUCUUCUGAUCGCUGGGAUCAUCCUAACCACAUCAUGUCCUCCUCAAGAAGCCAAGUAUGGAUAUCCAGGCUACCCACCAGCACAAUUGUACCCUUACGCAGGUCCAUUGACAAACCAGGCAACGUAUGCUCCUGUGUAUGCUCCCCCGUCCACAUACACAGGCACUGGAACAUACUUACCCGGCAAACCGUAUGGAGCACCUACCACAUACUCUGCUAGACAGUUCAUCUAAUAACUAAAAAGACAGAAAGAUGAUAAAGACUGAGAUUUCUGCCAUGAUUGCUUCAAUAACUUCUUAUGCCUUUAGGACGUGAAAUUGCACCAAAAUACACAUAGUUUUCCCUAGAGGAUGUUAUGUGUUCAUAUACAAUGUUGAGAUUUAAACUUAUUCACUCAAAAAUCACUGUGACCUUUGAUUAUUAAAAAUCUUUCAUUAAAUGUUUUCUCAUUUGGAUUGAUUUUGAGCUCUAAAAUACUUAAUGACGUCUUGAAGCGGAAUACUGUAUCAACAUGGCUGUGAAGGUUGCAUUGCUUUUUCAUAAGGAAGUCUGUGUCGAUAUAUUUAUUUCCUUGUUAUGCGGAGCAGACUUUGUAAAGUUUGUUUUCUGUAAAUGCCACUUUACUUAUGAGAUUUUUUGAAAGAAUUUUAAUAAAAUGUUUCGAGUAUUUUUA